CUUACUGUAGACUGUGCCGUGUGUUUCCGGCUACCUUGAGGCUGCUGCCUUAGCUUCACAGAUCACCCAGCUCAUGUAGCGGGCGUAGAACGGGGGCCUCGCUGCCCACUUGCCGGCGGGCCUGCAGUCUCUAGUCAUGGACCGGGACCUCCUGCGGCAGUCCCUGAACUGCCACGGGCCGUCCCUGCUCUUUCUACUCCGGAGCGAGCAGCAGGACAACCCGCACUUCCGGAGCCUCCUGGGGUCGGCGGCGGAGCCCGCUCGGGGUCCGCCGCCGCAGCAGCAUUUACAGGGCAGAAAAGAGAAGAGAUACGACAAUGUCGAAAUACAAAAAUUCAUCUCCAAAAAAGCAGAUCUGCUCUUUGCGCUUUCCUGGAAAUCAGAUGCACCUGGGACGUCUGAAGUUCAUGAAGACAAUGAAGAGCAUUUUGCAGUCAUGCCGCCUUUAGAGCAAUUCAUGGAGAUACCUAGUAUGGAUCGGAGAGAACUUUUUUUCCGAGAUAUCGAGCGUGGUGAUAUAGUAAUUGGAAGAAUUAGCUCCAUUCGGGAAUUUGGUUUUUUCAUGGUGUUAAUCUGUUUAGGAAGUGGAAUCAUGAGAGACAUAUCCCACUUAGAAAUCACAGCUCUUUGCCCAUUAAGAGAUGUGCCUUCUCACAGUAACCAUGGAGAUCCUUUAUCAUAUUACCAAACUGGCGACAUCAUUCGAGCUGGAAUCAAGGAUAUUGACAGGUACCAUGAAAAGCUUGCGGUGUCUCUGUAUAGCUCAUCUCUUCCACCACACCUAUCCAGUAUUAAACUAGGUGUAAUUACUUCUGAAGAGCUUCCUCUGUAUUACAGGAGGAGUGUUGAGCUAAAUAGUAAUUCUUUGGAAUCCUAUGAAAAUAUCAUGCAGAAUUCUUUGGGAUUUGUUAAUCCAGGAGUAGUUGAAUUCCUCCUAGAAAAACUAGGAAUAGAUGAAUCUAAUCCACCGUCUUUAAUGAGAGGCCUACAAAGCAAAAAUUUCUCUGAAGAUGAUUUUGCUUCUGCAUUAAGAAAGAAACAGUCUGCAUCUUGGGCUUUAAAAUGUGUGAAGAUUGGAGUUGAUUAUUUUAAGGUUGGACGUCAUGUGGAUGCUAUGAAUGAAUACAAUAAAGCUCUGGAAAUAGACAAACAAAAUGUGGAAGCUUUGGUAGCUCGUGGAGCAUUAUACGCAACCAAAGGAAGUCUGAACAAAGCAAUAGAAGAUUUUGAGCUUGCAUUAGAAAAUUGUCCAACUCACAGGAAUGCACGAAAAUACCUCUGCCAGACACUUGUAGAAAGAGGAGGGCAGUUAGAAGAAGAGGAGAAGUUUCUAAAUGCUGAAAGUUACUAUAAGAAAGCUUUGGCUUUGGAUGAGACUUUUAAAGAUGCAGAGGAUGCUUUGCAGAAACUACAUAAAUAUAUGCAGAAAUCUUUGGAAUUAAGAGAAAAGCAAGCUGAAAAAGAAGAAAAGCAGAAAACAAAGAAAAUAGAAACAAGUGCAGAAAAGUUGCGUAAGCUCUUAAAAGAGGAGAAAAGGCUAAAGAAGAAAAGAAGAAAAUCAUCAUCUUCUUCAAGUGUUUCAUCUGAUGAUGAAUCUGUUUCUUCUUCCUCUUCUUCAUCCUCAUCCUCUUCGUCUUCUGAUCACAAAAGGCAUAAGAAACAUAAGAGGACCCGUUCAGAGUCUUCUCGCAGCUCCAAAAGGCAUGCAUCUAGGGCAUCCUCAAGUCAGGUAGAUCAGAGUAGGAAAGAUGAGUGCUACCCAGUUCCAAGUAACACUUCAGCAUCUUUUCUUAAUCAAAAACAAGAGGUGGAAAAACUACUGGAAAAGCAGGAUAAGUUCCAGUAUCCAAAGACACAGGUAAAAGAGAAAGUUAGAUGCCCUCUCUCUCCAUCUUCAGUUGAAAGACCGGAUGAUUUUGGAGGUAGGUCUGAAGAUCCGAGAGAUUCUUAUAAUAGCUAUAAAACCCAGGCAGGUGGUAGCAAAACAGAAAAACCGUAUAAAUCAGAAAGACAUUUUUCUAGUAGAAGAAAUUCCUCAGAUUCCAUCUGUAGGAAUUCAGAGGACAAAGUAUACGGUUAUAGGAGAUUUGAAAGAGACAUAGAGGGAAGAAAAGAGCAUUACAGAAGGUGGGAGCCAGGUGCCACGAGGUAUUCCACUUCACCCGCCAGUUCAGACUACUCGUGGAGGUCAGGUGAAAAACACAAGAAAUACACUUAUCCUGGAUCACAUGAUUCCAGUAGACAUGAGCAGAGGUACCGAUUAAACAGCAGUCAAGGAGAUUAUGAAAGAGAGGACAGUUCUAGGGAAGAUAACAGAACACAAGUUCCAGAAGAAGAUGGAUUAAGUAGCAAAGAGCAAUCAGAAAGCAAAGUUAAAAAAAAUUUACCUCAAAAUUUACUCAAUAUAUUUAAUCAGAUAGCUGAAUUUGAGAAAGAAAAAGGAAAUAAGCCAAAAAACUAAUAUUUCAAGGAAAUUUGUACCAUUAUACUAAGCACUGCUACUAAAUAUUUUAGUGUAUUUUAAUCAUAGCAAUCUGAUGCAGAAAUGUUUGCUUCCAAAGUUAUUUGUAGAGAUUAGAGAAAGCUUACCUGAACUAUGAUUCAGGUUAAGUCCCUUUGUCACAGUUCAGUUUUAGCCUUCCCAUGAGUAUGUGUAUGUACAGUAUAUUUCUUACUAUGACAAUUGAAAUUUCUUUACCUAAACUGAAGGUAAUUCUCUGAAAACAUUGUUGCUUCAUUGUAUUAUGGUGUAUGCAAAUUCCUGGGCCCAUCCUAUCUCGCUGUUUGGCAGAAAGUUAAAUUUGCAUUAAAAGCUUGGAUCAUUUCAUGAAAAAUUACUCUUUUCUGUUACAUUAAAAGCCCUUAGAUUUUGAAA